AUGGAGAUUUCACUUGAGGAUGAAAGCAGCGGCACAUCGGCAAACUUUGAGGACAAGGCGGCUCACCAGGCUCUAAGGGAUCGCUGGAAAAAUACCGACGAAACCAUGUGUCGCCACAGCAUGUCUUUCCACCUGCACCACACGCUGAGGAGCGAGUUCUUUGCCAGCUACCUGUACCUGGUGGAGAAGAUUCCUCUGGUGAAGCUGUUUCCUGUCACCUGCGAGUACAUCAAAGGAGAGAAACAGUUCUACUACAGAGCUCAGAAGUUCUACGAGGACGUCCCUGCCUCCGAGGAAGGCAUGAUGGGAGAUUUUGUGGAGAUAUCCAACGUUGAUCUGGAGGGUUCCCGGCAGUUUCUGAAGAGGUUUGUGGGUCCUGGUAAGGCGGGCACUCACUGUGCCCUGGACUGCGGCUGUGGGAUCGGCCGUGUGUCCAAAGGCGUCCUCCUUCCUGUGUUUGAGAAAAUGGAGAUGGCCGACAUGAUGGAGCACUUCCUGCUCCACGCACACGAGGAGUACCUCGGUGACGACGCCGACCGCAUUCAGACGUACUACUGCUACAACCUGCAGGACUUCACGCCUCCCAAAAACAAGUAUGACGUCAUCUGGAUGCAGUGGGUGGCAUGCCACCUGACAGAUAAGGACCUGACCAACUUCCUGUUCCGCUGUCAGAAGAGUCUGCGUCCAAACGGAGUCAUCAUCAUGAAGGACAAUAUGGCGCGGCAGGGCUGCAAGCUGGACUCCAUCGACAGCAGCAUCAGCCGCCACCUGGACAUCAUGAAGGUCAUCAUCGCCAAGGCCGGCCUGGAGAUCCUCGCCAUAGAGAUGCAGGAAGGUCUCCCCGAGGUCAUCAUGCCCGUCUGGAUGAUCGCCAUGAAAUAGAGUGCGACAUUGUAACUAUGAAAAGGUUGUUCCAUUUUCGACGACUUGGAUGAAAUGUCUACAACAACACAUAAAGAAAUCCUCACGGUGUCAUGAGGGGACGAGUCAGUCAAAGGUUUAAUCUGGAACCAAGGUUUGAAAAUCCCCUGUUCCUGCCAUCCUGGGUCAGGAAAUCCAGUCACAUUUGGUCCUGGUGCCAAAAUUCACACCAACUUGGGCGCAGAUAGCAAGCAGACGGCCUGGAUUUAAGUCCGACUUGAAGCUCAUUUCCUGCAUGUCCUCACUACUCUGGCUGCCCAAUGUCCAACUCUAUCCACUGUCCUAUCUUAAUAGACCGUAUUCCCACAGCGGCCAUGUUGCCAUGACAUCACGCUCAGGGUAGGAAGCCCAAAUGUUAUUGUAUCUUUCCACGUAUUCUCAAAGUUCAAGUCAUUAACGUCGCACAUUUGAGCAACUUGUUUCAUUUCAAAGCUUCCCGGUUGAUGAGAAAGUACACAGACAGUGGAUGCUGAAAAUCCAGAGACACAUUAUGAGUUAAAAAACAUGCUUGACGGGCGCCGGAUAGCCUAGUGGUUAUGUCAGACGCUCUGGUUAGUCCACGUAGCAGCGGUGGGUUUGAAAAUGGUUUCAGCUG